AUGGCGAAUUUGGGAGGCGGUGCGGAAGCGCAUGCCAGGUUCAAGCAGCAUGAUUACAGAGCUACUUCUAGUCUGGUCCUAACCACUGACAAUCGUCCUCGAGAUACACAUGAACCUACUGUCGUUUGGAGACCUGUUGCUAAGGGAAGGCCUCAGGAGUUGGAGGAUAAGCUUAAAAAGUCUAAGAAGAAGGAACGUGAUGUUGCGGAUGAUAAGGUUUCUUUUAGGCAGAGCAAGAGGCGUCGUCUGAGGGAAGAGAGUGUGCUCACUGAUACGGACGAUGUGGUUUAUCAGCCAAAGACUAAGGAGACAAGGGCUGCUUAUGAGGCUAUGCUUAGUCUUACUCAGAAGCAGUUGGGUGGGCUACCUCUGAAUAUUGUGGAGAUAGAGAAGUUGCUGAACCCUACUCAAGAUCAUAAUAAGGUUUUCGAUGAGCUUGUUUCCAUUGGAAAAAUGAUCACGGACUUUCAAGAGGUUAGUGAUUCCGGUGCUAAUAAAGCAAGUGAGGAUGAAGGGCUUGAUGAUGAUGUAGGUGUGGCUGUUGAAUUUGAGGAGAACGAAGAAGAUGAUGAGGAGAGCGAUCCUGAUAUGGUCCAGGAGGAAGAAGACGAGGAGGAUGAAGAACCACAAAGAACUGGAGGUAUGCAGGUGGGUGCUGGCAUAAAUGACGAGGAUGCUGGGGAAGCAAAUGAGGGCACGAGUCUGAACGUUCAGGACAUUGAUGCCUAUUGGCUCCAGAGAAAGAUAUCUCAAGCUUAUGAACAGCAGAUUGAUCCACAGCAGUGCCAAGUACUCGCUGAAGAGCUGCUUAAGAUACUUGCUGAAGGGGAUGAUAGAGAUGGCAGAAGACCAGGAAGAGAGGAAUCGAAUUGA